AUGACAAUAAGUAACGGAUUCAGUGAAACAAGAGCAGAAUCGACAUCUACUCUUGGAUCUCAACAUCCGGUUUGGAAACGAUGGGUCCGAUUUAAAAGCGAUGAUGGAAUUAUCUAUGGCGGCGAGCCUGUAGAUCCCAGAGUUGACGUGGGACUCGCUUUGGCGGAACGGAAAAGUAUCGCUGUGAAGGUUAUUGCCGGGGGCUCAGCACUGGGUUACGACGCGCAAUUCACCGGCGAAGUGAAAACCAUUGAAGAAUUGUUACCUCCGGUCUCACAGGCAGAGGCGGGAACCGUGCGAUGCAUCGGCCUCAACUAUAAGGAACAUGCAGCUGAGAUGGGGUUGUCCCUUCCAAAAACACCGACAGUAUUUCUCAAGGCAAACACUUGCAUUGCGUCACCAUCAAAGCCAAUUGUGUUACCCACCAAUGUGGAUUAUGACGAAGCCGACUACGAGGUCGAACUGGCUAUAAUAAUCGGCAAGAAGUGCAAGAAUGUCUUGGUGGCCGAAGCUGGCAGCUAUGUUCUGGGGUAUACUGUAGCUAACGAUGUGACUGCUCGCAAACACCAAGAGCAAACCUCACAGUGGUCGUAUGCCAAGGGCAUGGAUGGGUUUUGUCCCCUGGGACCGUGCAUCGUUUCCACGGAAGAAGUUCCCAACCCAGCGAAGCUGAACUUACAAACAUCGCUCAACGGGAAGACCAUGCAGAAUGGAUCUGCGGAUGACAUGAUUUUCAGUGUCCCGGAAAUAGUGUCAUAUUUGUCCCAGGGACAUACACUGUUGCCCGGAACGGUCAUCAUCACAGGAACUCCAUGCGGAAUCGGUGUCUCUCAGAAUCCACCAAAAUUCCUACAGCCGGGUGACAGCCUGCGAAUCAGCAUAAGUCACGGGCUAGGAACACAAAUAUGCCCGAUCAUGAGGGAUUGA